AAGAAAUAAAGCCAAAGAAACAGCCAAUUUAAAGUCUUUUAAUAGGCAUGAAAUCAACAGAGCAGCCUUCCCAACACCACUCCCUCUCUGCUCCUGGCUUCUCCUCUGAGGAUCUCCAGGAAGCCCAUUUUUGUCAAGAACUCCAGCCUCUGUCGGUCUGUUGGCUGCACCUCGCAGAACACACCCUGAGAUCCUGCACACACAGAAAAGAUCCUUGAGCCGGUGAGCACUAAUGCUAAUAUCGACAAGAGUCCUCCAGAGAAGGUUUUCACACGCUGCACAGAGUGCAGUGAGGAGGGCAGUGAGCAGGGUGCGGCUGACGCUGAUGUCCACCAGCUCCGGCAGGGCGUCCAGUCGCAGCUGAGAGGGGAAGUGAUAGAUGAGAGAGUCUGGGUACUCUCCCUGGUCCUCCUCCAUCAGCUGGAUCAAGUCCUACAUGGAAGAGAGACACAGGGACACUCUCACAAUAUCAUGAUAGCAGGAACAGAUGCCAUGCAAUUGCUUCUACCUUCAUACACCUGUGGCUGCAGUGUGAAUGACAGUCAUCCAAAGUGGGACUGUCAGUGUGCACCAUGACGCACAGAGUGGGCAGAUCAGUCCUCCACAGAUGUCAGGGACUGACUGUCCCUGUUGCUCACCACCGGCUCUGUCUGGCUCUUUGCCUGAGAUCACUCAACUCUUUGUCAUGGUGGAUGACGCUGGAACCAAGCGCAGUAUCUCACCCCAUUUUUCGACAAAGAUAAGUGCUCUAUAUUUACAAUUGUGUACUUUUUACUACUCGUUUGUACUCAAACAUAAUUAAUUAUGUCUCAUCAAUCAAGAGGAAGAUUAAUUUGACUGAUGCUUACCUCUACCAAAACUACCACCUAUUCUUGCUGUUUACAACUGCAUCACUGUUGCCCUACAGUACAUGCGCUUGGCAACACAAAUCUAGUUGCCAGGUCUGUAUGUCUAUGUUGUGCACUGACCAUACAGAAGCUAAGACCCCAGAGUGUCCAUAGAUUCCACUCGUGGUGUGUGUUAAUCUGUAUGUGUUGUUUUGUGUGUUGUCAUUUGCUUUGUUUACCUGUGUGCCACCCACUUCCCCGUGUGUUAUUAGUCCGUCACAGAGGGAUCCAGAUGGUGUAACUGCAGGUGGGUAUUUUUCUCUCAUGGCAGGCAUCCAGCUGGCCUGACACCGCUUGGCAAAGGAACGAACAUCCAAAAUGCCCAACACACAGCCACACGCACCCAGCUCAUCCUCCAGGAUGAAACAGUACUCCGGGCACAACGCCAGGCACGGUCCAAGACAUCUAUUGAAAUCAAAGACAUUACUAUUUCAGAAAUAUCACUGGACUCUUGGCCACCCUGAGUCCUCAGGUGGAGUUGGCGCACCAUCCGAUACAACUCCAACUACACACACACACACACACACACACACACUGAAAACAUUAUUUCAUGCUUCAUGCCCCAGACUAUUACACUAUGUAUGUUUCCCUACAACAGUGUGUAAAUGUUAAACUAAAAAUGUCCAGGUGACUGAAUAAUCUGGGUCUUUUAAGAACUCUUUUCUCCAUUUAAGGAUACUACUGUGGCACUGUCAGAAAAUCUUAUAAAUCUUCCAUGACUUUAUAUCACUAAGUCAGGGUGCAUGGGGUAAAUAGUAUGGUAUCUACAGCAGCUAUGCUAAAGUCACACAUUCGAUGCAGUGAUUGCAACUGUACAAACUUCUAAAAUAUUCCUUGACUUUCCCUAUCUUUAAUGCAUUUUUAUUGACGACUUCUAUGAUAUUCCAUGAAUAAUCCUGCCGUUAUGUGUGAAACGCUACCAUUUGCGAGGGACUUCUCCUACCUUGUCCUUGCUGUGGUAGGGCCUGAUGUUAUAGAGACGAGAGGUAGGGAAGAGAGGAGGAGGAUGAGUGAAGAGAUCACUGCUGCUGCCUAUUGGUAGGAGCAUCUACACACACGCACACACACACGUUUUAAAACGAUUGAACUUCAAUGACACAUUAAUAAUAAAAAAAUACAAACAUGCACUCAUGCACAAUAAAAAAACAUGAGGAUUAAUUCACAAAACCUAUGUGCAUUUUGUGCUAUACAAACACACACCCUACCUGCACUUCCCCAGACACGCCCCCUUUGAAUGUCCAUGGUUCUGACUCCACUCCCAGUUGGUCUGCCCCUGUGGUCUUCCCACACCCUUCCACAGACAAGAACCAAAUGUCAGUCAGACGAAAAAUGAUGGCACAGUUAAAUCAGCUUUAAAUAUUCAUGCCAGCAUAAUAGUGCAGUGUUUAACCGCAUUACAGCUCCUCAAGAGAUGACAGCUGAAAUUAACUGCUUUUUCAGUUUUUUAUGCUGGUGCCAUAAAUAUUUGAAGCAUAACUGGUGGUUCAGUGAGCUCAUCUAAGCUAGUGCUGAGAAAUAAUGAUUAGAUGUUGGGUUAAUAGUGGAACAUUUUCAGACUGAAUUCACUUUAGAUAGGAAUGAUUUGUACAGCAGAGGCUACUUGUAGUUACUGUAGUUAUUUCAGGCAUAGAUAGGGAGACAAAGAGUUAGAAGGGCAUGCCUACUCACAGUGGAAGCAGUUCCUCCAGGUGGCCAGGGUGGAGCUGUCACUCAGCACACGGCCAUCUGAGUGAGAUAGGUGAGUGGGGGGUUAGAUUAGAGUAUAUAGUAUGUUAUAGUAGGAUAACAAAGAAUAGUAUAGCAUAGCAUACUAUUUGUCAGUGUUGUAGACGAGUCACCAACUGUCGAGUCAGAGUCAAGUCUCGAGUCCCCAGUGUUUGAGUCUGAGUCCAAGUCCUAGUCACCAAAGAAGAGUCUGAGUCGAGUGACUAUUGAGGUCGAGUCACGAGUCCAGAGAAUAGCUAUUCGAGUCCUGGACUCAUUCUAGUAUAGCAUAGACGAUGUCUGUGCAAUAUAGUGCAGUAUUGUACAGCCCAGUAACAGUAUGACAAUAGUAACCACACACAGUAUAUAGAAGUACAAUACAGUCAAGCACAUUGUUAUUCUGUAUUCCCAUAGUUUCCUGCUUCUCUUUAGACUCACCCAGCCAGCAUAUGAAUGCUUUUGCCACCAGAGCUGUGUUCCUCAGGUCCCACACAUAAGGGUAAAGGUCAUAGAGCACAGCCCUGUUGGCCCCGCUCACCACGCUGCAGUGCAGCUGUGCUAUGUCUUCACACAGGGACAGGACCCUGGAGGACCGGCCACGCCACUCAUCAAUCUGAGAAAACGCACAAAAGUUCUGUACCAGCUCGCCAGCGAAUGGAGAGGGAUGUAGUUGGCUUCAAACUCGCAGUUGGGGUUGAGUAACAGGCCCCUCAGGUGGCUUCUCAGCUGAGGCUCUCUGCCCUUAAAAGGCCCCAGGAAGAGACGUCUGGAGUCAUAGUCAUUAGCGUGCAGGUUGUCCCAGAUGAGCGGGGAGCGCUGGAGGACAGACUCCACCUCAGCCAGACAGUAUACAGACAGUUUCCUGGAGAUGACCUUACUGCCUGUGGGGCCGAGAGUGAAGAGAAAAGGUUGACAAGUGGAAGCCUAAACACAGCUGAAUUCUGAGGGAGACAACAGGAGCUUCUCUCCUUAUUCCUCAGGCACCUUCAGACCAAUAAGCAGGGGUGGAAGUUACAUUAUAUUUACUCUCGUUAUUGUAACAAAGUUGUUUUUCUGUGUACUAAAUUUAAUAAUUUUGUCAAAUUGCAUCUGCUACAGAGUAAAAAGAAAAGUCACAUGAAAGUCCUGAUAAACUGUGUGAAAAUGGAACAAAAGAACAGCGAUAAAUCAGCAGCUGCAGCAGAAAAGAAGCUGCUAGUUUGUCUGCGGCAGCAGGAGGGCACAGCUCCAUUAAGGUCACACUCCAGAAAUGAUACAUGAUACAUACGAGAAUUCCCCGCGAACGCAGGUUCUCAUUCAGCUCAACAUAUUUGAAAACUUGGAGGAACACAGAGAAACUGGAACUGGUUAUACUGGGACGGAGAGGUGGAGCGGACUGGUUAUAUUAUGUAUUGAGAAUGAACGAGCAGAGAAGUUGAACUUGGAGCAGGUUGUGGAGGACUUUGCAGUGCGCAAGACUCAACAGAAUGACAUUCAGACAGGGACCAGCUCUCAUCAUCCUUGCCAUUUGUGGGUGGACUAUGUUCUCUCUCUCUCUCCCUGCUUCAUUUCCUGGACAGAUGGUAUGUAAGUCGCCUCCACAAGGCUGCAACCUACCUCCAUUAAAACACACAAUCAGAAGACAGCUUGUUACAGUACUUCACUGGUAUCGCUCCACACAAAGAGUGUGGUUGUGCUGAGCAGCUCCCUGGUGUGAAAGUCUCUGCAUGGAAAAAAAGAUGUUGCUAAAUAAAGAGCCACGGCAAAAUGCAGUAUCUGCCCCCUCCCUCUCCCCCUCCUGUCAUCCACAGCUGAGCCUCAGGACUGAGGAUGAGCCUGUCCUUUGCUAUGGAGUCAUUCUGCAUCAGUGAUUUCUCUCAAGUCUGCCUGGCACUGAUAUAGAGGCCUGCAACUGGAUUCAGCCCACAGGCGUCAGCCAGUAUCCAGAUUCCUUGGGCUGCAGCCUUGGAACCAGCAGACAUUACUGAAUUCUUCACACCGCCUGCUCUUUGAUCUCCACUUCAAGCCUGGCUGAUCACCACCACAUCAUCUCAUCAAGACCUUUACAACCUACUUCCACCCAAUGUAGGAAUCUUCGGAUCAUUAGGACGAAAUGAGACCAGUAUCGCUCUGCAGUGGAAUAAAGUGAAGAGCAAUGUCCGCUUCAUUCUCCAGUUUAAUGAUACAGAUAUAAACAUCUCUGCAGCACAUGGAGAUGGACGAGAAACUCACACAGCCUCAUCUCUCUCACUGCUGGAACUACAUACACAUUCACUCUCUUCUCUGUGUUUGAGAGCAUCAGAAGCAGUGGAGUUAGCAUUACUGCAGUUACUGAAAACAACACAAAUACAAUACUAUUAUAUGAUACAAUACAAAGCAAUUCUACACAAUACAAACCCAGUAAGGCACCUGAUCUAGGCAUGACUCCUCCCACCCCGGAAAAACAUGGUUGUUGAAAAGCUGUGGAGAAAAAAAAAAUCCCAGAGGGAGUGGUAACAGUGAGACUGGGAGGACUUUGGCUUCACAACUGCAGUGCCAGUGUUUGCCUUUGCUGCCUCAGAGAUCAGGUUUCACAUUCAUUCACAAGGUCAUGGCCUCCCCCAGCGCUCUCCUGUCAGAGGUGCAGUUUCAGUGUUGCAUCUGUCAGGAGGUUUUCUCUGAGCCUGUUUCCAUCCCCUGCGGUCACAGCUUCUGCUUCACCUGCAUCACAUCCCACUGGGACCACGGCCUCGCCGUCAGCUGUCCCAAAUGUCAGACAGUCUUUAAGGGCCGCCCAGAGCUUUGUGAAAACUCCUUCGCCAAGGAAAUGUCAGAGCAGAUCCGAGCGAGAAAGCAAAACGGUGUGAUGCCACAGGCAGGGGAAUUAAUAUAUUGUGAUGUGUGCGUGGGAAAGCAAACAAAGGCCCUGAAGUCCUGCAUUGUGUGUUUGACCUCAUAUUGUGAGAGUCACCUGGAGCCACACCUGAGAGUUACCACCUUGAAGAUUCACAAGCUAAUCCAACCUGUGGCAACGCUGGAGAACCGGAUGUGCAAAAGGCACCAAAGGCUCCUGGAGCUAUUCUGCAGGAGCGACCAGAGGUGUGUGUGUGUGCUGUGCACCGAGACCGACCACAGCUCUCACGACACCGUCCCAGUGGAGCGAGAGAGUCAGGAGAAGAAGGCUCAGAUGAAAAGGAUCGAGGCUGAUGUGGAGCACAUGAUUCAGGACAGACUGCAGAAAGUGGAGGAGAUCAAACACUCCAUGGAGCUCAGCAAAGAAAACUCAAAGAGGGACCUAGUGGAAAGCAUGGAGGUCUUCUCCACUCUGCUUGGUUCCCUGGAGAGAUGUCAGGCUGAGCUGGCCGAGGUUAUCCAGAGGAAGCAGGCAGCAGCAGAGCAGAGAGCGGAGAGGCUUAUCACAGAGCUGGAGCUGGAAAUCACUGAGCUGGAGAGGAAGAGAAGUGAGAUGGAGCAGCUUUCUCACACUGAGGACCACCUCCAUCUUCUGCAGAGAUUUCCAGCUCUGAGUUUUCCUCCGUCUGCCAAAGCCUGCUCUGACAUCAUCGUCCAUUCAGACACAUGUUUGGGGACUGUGAGGAGAGCGGUGGCCAACAUUGAAGAGCAGCUUCAAUCUGCUUUGAAAAAGCUUUCCACUCAAGAGCACGAGAAGAUGCAGCAGUAUGCAGCCGAUGUUCAUCUGGACCCCAGGACAGCCAACCCUUGGCUGGUUCUGUCAGAGGAUGGGAGACAGAUCUGGGAUGGAGAUGUUGAGCAGAACCUGGUGGACAUACCAGAGCGCUUUGACACAGCACCAUGUGUCCUCGCCACCAGGGGUUUCACCACAGGGAGGCACUACUGGGAGGUAGACGUGGGAGACAAAACAGCGUGGGACUUGGGUGUGGCUCGACAGUCGGUCAACAGGAAGGGUUUCGUCACGUUGAGUCCAGAGGACGGUUAUUGGGCUAUUUGUUUGAGGAAGGGCAGAGAAUACCGGGCGUGUGCAGGACAGGCAGAGCUGCUGUGUCUCUCUCAGAGGCCGCGGGUUGUUGGGCUGUUCUUGGAUUACGAGGACGGAACAAUGUCCUUUUAUGACGCAGAGGCCAAGUCGCACAUCUAUUCCUUUACACGGGUCCAGUUCACUGAGGCCAUGUUUCCCUUUUUUAACCCAGAUAUGUGUGACAACGGCAGCAAUAAAUCACCACUUAUCAUCCGCCCUGUUAGUGGAGUCAGUGGAGGAGGGGAUAUAGAUGACAUUACAAUAUAAUGGGAAAUGUUCAGUGUCUGCUUUUCAUGGUAUUUUAUAUUAAACAUCAUGUAACUGUUCUCUCUCACUAGUUUUUGAAUUGGAAAAUUUGUGUUCCA